CUACCCGCCAAGAGCCCCACGACGUCGCCUUUCGAUCCUCAUGCGCAUGAGAGGACCCUACUGCAUCGCCCAGUCGUAGGAUAUUCUGAAGGGUGCUAUUGAGAUAACUCUGCGAAGCGCGUUGCGUCGUGGUCGAGUGACUGGACGCCGUAUCUGGCCUCGCCAUUUCCAGCAACGUGGGGCAGUUAGUUACAACUGUGGACGAGCCAGGAUUCAAUACUGGCACGACGUCGCAGUCGACUUGGCUGGCUAUAAAUUAGAAAAGACGUUUGCCUAACUUGCGGUGCUGCGCAGUUGGCAGGAACCUGACAAAAGAUCUGGAUCCAACGACUCUUCGCACCAUUGCGGGGGUUCGGUCAGCAUGGACCAAAGCAGGCAGGCCAGCCGACGAAAGAAUGUAUCGGAGGCGUACACAACACAGGCAUCCCUACCAGAGGGUCGAGUUCUUCCAUCUCGAUCCCAUGUUGCGCCUACCAUACGAGCAGUGACGCCUGAACCCGAGCUAGGGGAGCGAUCGAUUUAUUCUCGAGACGGAUCUAUGGUCAACUCCCCACCCAUAUCACCAAGGUCCGGUUCAAACCAAGAAAGUCCAAGAAAUACGACUCCUCGAGCGUAUGGUGCACGUGGAAAUGCUAAUGAAGGAGACGUAAGCCUACGCGGUGCAAAAGAAUCUCAGUUGAGACCUAGGACUCGUACCAUGGAAGAAAGGACCGCCAGAGACGUUUCUUCGUCCAAUCUUUUUGUCACUAGCAGGCACCGUGUUGGAUCUGUGCAUGCUGCUGCCUCCGGAUCCUAUCAAGGAAGUGCCGACGACAUUAUAACGUCGAUUGGCCAUCCUUCCAUCGACGACCCAGCUACGGCUUCCUCCUCUAUGUAUCAUACUGGUCAUCGGUCAACUAAUGCAAACCGAAACCGCCUGAUUAAAUUUCCGCCGCAGCAACCAAUGCUGUUACCGCACAGCUCCAGCACUACCCACCCAGACUCAUGGGCUGCUCCAACGACAACUUCUGACACUCGCAAGAUUCUGAGAUUGAUGAAGACUUCGUCCGGAAAGAUGCAGGGAAUGCUUGCUUUCAGACGAGGCGCCUCAAGCAACUGGUCGAUGUCUUAUUGUUAUAUUAAUGACGAAUCAGGAAGCUUAGUAUUUGAGCCCCGUGGAGAAUCAUCCUCGUACCACAGGACCCUCAUUCCGGACCUCCGAGGCUGUAAAGUACGGAGUGGCUACGACGCCGAGAGUGUCACAUCCUACAUUGAGGUUGCACUGCACAACUCGAGCCUCGAGGUGCAUUUACGACCCCCUACUCAGGAUGCCUACGAUUCCUGGUUCGCAGCAUUGCUCUGCUGGCAACCUCUACGGCCGAAGGGCAUUCUCAACCGAAUGGCGAAGCCACAGGCCGCACUCGCAACUGAACGACGUCUUGUAGACAGUCGUAGACACUCUGAGGUCUCCCUUUUGAAAGAAGCCCCUAUCAUCAAAGUCGGCAAAAUGAUUUACUGGGAUACUUCCAGCUCCAGUAGCAGCAGCAGCACAACAAGGCCUGAAACGCCAAAGUCCAGCCGGCCAGGUAAUACUAGGAUGCAAAGUCAAGGAGCGCGGAAAUGGCGUAAGGUAUCGUGCACCUUGCGAGAGAAUGGGGAGCUCAAGUUAUACGCCGACACAGACGUGACAUUAGUCUCCGUGGUUCAGCUAUCGCAUCUUUCACGCAGCGCCAUUCAACGUUUGAAUCCUUCCGUCUUGGAUAAUGAGUUCUGCAUUGCAAUAUAUCCACAGUAUACAUCGGCGGCAAACUCUUUAUCACUGCUUCGACCGGUUGUUUUGUCCCUUGAAUCACGUGUACUCUACGAAGUCUGGAUCGUUCUCCUUCGAGCCUUCACGAUACCUCAAUUAUAUGGUCCAAAGCAGAGUCCUAACGGCGACAUGCCCUCUCCUGGUCUCUCUUCUUCGACGGUAGAUAUGUUCAGGAUGGAGCGUUCACUCUCGAUGCGAAUCAUGGAGGCAAAGCUCACUUCCUCUACGCCUGCCGUACCUAGUACCAAAGGGCAGAAUGGCGCGGUCCUCCAAGGAGGCUAUUACAUUGAGGUUCUCCUUGACAACGAAAUCCGCGCGAGAUCCACAGUAAUUGCCGAAUCAAGUCAUCCAUUCUGGGGCGAGGAUUUUGAGUUUACCGAUUUGCCAGCGGUCAUGUCUAGCUGCACUAUAGUCCUCAAGCGACGGCCUGCUGGAGCUGGACCUAUUGAGCCGUCGCGCAAAGAAGUUGCACGAAAGGCGGCAGAGGAUGCGCUCACCUCGACAGAAUCUUUUGGCAUUUACAACACACUAUCUUUUGACCAGACUGUCGGAAAAGUUGAUAUUUAUCUUGAUGAUCUUGAGAGCAAUAAGCCGAUCGAUAAAUGGUGGCAGCUGAACAACAUGUACGCCAAUCCAGUCGGAGAAGUGAUGCUCAAGGUCUCCACAGAUGAUAGCGUCAUCCUAAUGGCCCGGGAUUACCAGCCAAUGUCAGAACUACUGCACAAAUUUUCGAACGGCCUAACUCUCCAGCUAGCUCAGAUGAUUCCAAACGAACUGAAGCGACUAUCAGACUACCUCUUGAACAUAUUCCAAGUCUCCGGACAAGCUGGGGAUUGGAUCAUGGCCUUGGUCGAGGAGGAAAUUGAUGGCACACAAAAGGAAACUCCAGCCAGCAGACUCCGAUUCAGCCGCCGAAUGGGCUCGACUGAUUCAAGUGAAUCUGUUGCAUUGAAUAGUGAUCGUGAGCUUCUUGUCCGCGAUAUGGGCAAUAACGCGAAGCUCGAAGCUAACCUCCUAUUCCGAGGCAAUACUCUUCUGACAAAGUCCCUUGAUCUACACAUGAGGCGUCUAGGAAAGGAGUACUUGGAGGAAACGCUCUCAGACAAGAUGAACGAAAUUCUGGAGAAAGAUCCGGACUGCGAAGUCGAUCCGAACAAAGUUCUCUCAUCUCACGAUUUGGACAAGAACUGGCGGAAGCUUAUCAGUUGGACAGAGGAAGUCUGGAAGGCCAUAUUCAACUCUGCAAAUCGUUGUCCGCAAGAACUCCGAAUCAUCUUCCGCCAUAUUCGGGGUUGCGCUGAAGAUCGCUUUGGGGACUUUCUUAGGACUGUUGCAUACAGUAGUGUAUCUGGAUUUCUCUUUCUGCGGUUCUUUUGUCCCGCCGUCCUGAAUCCCAAUCUCUUUGGAUUGCUCAAAGACAAGCCGAAGAUGCGAGCUCGUCGCACCUAUACGCUAAUUGCAAAAUCGUUACAGGGCCUCGCCAACAUGUCAACUUUUGGUUCGAAAGAACACUGGAUGGAGCCCAUGAACAGCUUCCUGACCGCCCACCGACAGGAAUUCAGGACUUUCCUCGACACCGUAUGCUCGGUUCCAUCGGGAUCCGGUAACGGCCCACCGAUCCCCCCAUCAUACAGCACCCCUAUUGCAAUUUUGCAGCGACUCCCGCCCACAUCGAGAGAGGGAUUUCCAUCUCUACCAUAUCUUAUUGACCACGCGCGAAACUUUGCGGGUCUCGUUACACUAUGGCUUGAGCACGCAAACACAGCACAUCACAUACAGGAAGGAGACGGAGACUUGGCCAAGUUCCAUGCACAAUGUCAAUCGUUGAAGCAGAGGACAAAAGAUUGUCUGGCUGGCGCAGAGCGUGCAGAGCGUCCCAGCAGCUCAUUAAGCGUUCAGUGGGAGGAGCUCGUCGAACAACUAGAGACCAGCGCUGUUCUUGAUCUUAGCAGGAGGCCUGGUCGUCGCGAAGUUAUGGCCGCCCAAUCGCAAAUAGAUGACGACGAGACAUCGCCCACGUCAACUCCUGUAACAAUGAAGCAUGCCAAGCCUCGUACCUUUUCAGGAUCGGGCGCCAAACCAUCUUCGAUCAUAUCUUCGAAAGCACUAUCUUCACGUUACGCACCGAGUAGCGGUGCUGCAUCUGCGUCCGCUUCUGCUGCUGGUGAUACGCCACCGGGCUCCUCUCACGGCUGGGAAGAGUCAAUGUCCAGAGGUACAAUCGGACGAAGCCAUGUCGACCCUAGUCUUGGUGAUAGUGAUGAUGAGUAUGCUACAGCUCUACCGAAGUUCAGCAGUAGCAGUCAGGCGCCGGAGAAAGACAAGGCCAAAGGAGAUAAGGAGAAGUCUGGUUUCAAAAACAUCGUUCCUAGCUUUAGCAGGAAGAAGAAAUGAACAAUAACGAGUGAAGAGGAGCAUGACUGAUUACAGCGUGUACACGACGAAAGCAUUUGACGAAUGAUACCCGGCACGUGUAUGGCUUUGGACAGCGGCAACUUGGGCGGAGUUUUUCGGUUUACGUUUCUUCAGCGGCUCGAGUCUCUACGAUUCCGAGUCCGUCUUACUGAUUUGAUAAAAGAGGAGGCAUUUUGAUGAGAUAUAAGUACAAGGUCAUGGCAUUUUACUUCUUGCUUUCAUUCCUAGCUUGUUGAGCUUUUCAGCGAGUCAAAAGCGGCCCGAUUAUCGAUCAGGCAGUUUACAUACUUGCAUUUCUGCCAGCGAGGCGGUGGCUAGCGGGCGUCAAUGUUCCAAUCACAUAGCUAUACAGCAGAAAUUUACUUCGUUUUUGUAGGAUCUCCUGAGUUCCCGAAUGCUUACAACUAUAAGUGA